AUGGCAGCCAGUAAACCAAAAUUUCCACUGGGUUCCCCUCAGGAGCACAUAGUAAUGUGUGACACCCAUGAUUUACCUAUUGAUGUUAUAUGUGAGGACUGUGCUGAAUUUAUUUGUGGUAAUUGUGCGAAAUCAAAUCAUAGAGAUCAUAACUGGAAAACUCUAACCACUGCAGCUACCCAAAGGAGAAGAGGUAUGCUUAAAUUUCUGAGGAAGAUCAAGGAAGAGGAUUUGCCUGGGAUUGAUGAGAAGAAUGAGAAGGUGAAAAAACAGAUCACAGAAAAUAAAGCGCUUUGUGACUCGGAGACAAAAAAACUACAGAAGCAUGUUGAUGAGAUAAUGGCCAGGUUGACAGAAAUCAAAAAGUGCCAUGAGAAAAUAUUGAGAGACAAUCUAGUUAAAAAGAAUGAGCAACUGAACCACGUGAAAUCUGAGUUAGAGAAGAAGAAGAGAGGAAUUGUUGACACAGUGGAAUUCAUGGAGAAGAACAACAACACCAUGUCAGAUUACAGCUUGAUUGACAACCACAUAGAACUGACAAAAAUGUUAUCUGAAUUGGAGGUUCACAUGACAAACUGUGAACAUUCAGUGAGGUUCACUAGAGGUGAAAUAAAUGACAAUUUGCUCGAGUCUAUGAUUGGAAAGACUUGGAGUUUAGAUGAUGCAGUUUUAAUGCAAAAAAACUCAUUUCAACAUGGAGAAAACGUAAUAUAUUCCAUGGAGACAUUCAGAGAAGAUCAAUGUUACAUACAUGCAUAUCAAUCAAAAUAUAUAGAAAAAGUCAAUCAGCAAGGCACAAAAGAACUAAAAUUAAAUUUCAUUUCUGGAGACAUGUGUGUGACUGAUAAUGGUGAUGUUUAUUUCACUGAUCCCAGUAACAAUACCAUCAGCUGUCUGUCACCCUCUGGAUCUGUCUCUACAGUCGUCAAUACAGAUCCGAUAGGACUGGGACCAUUAGGAAUCUGUCAGUCAGUGGACGGUGGACUACUGGUCACCUUGAUAGACCUGAAAUCAGAUCAAAUCAAAUUAGAGUCACACAGCAGACGUCUGGUGAGACACAUCACAGUGACAGGUGAUGUCAUCCAUGAGUAUGAGUACCAGGAGGACGGUCAGACCAGAAUGUUUACAUGGCCACGCAGAGUCACACAGAACAGUAACAGUGAUAUCUGUGUUGUGAACCGUACAAGUAACACUACAGGUGAACUAGUGAUUAUGUCUCCCUCUGGUCAUAUAAAGACUGUCUACCGUGGACAGAAUCUGACAAAGAACUUUCUUCCAACUGAUUUAGUGUGCGACUCCCUCUGUAACAUCCUUGUUACUGACCUCAACAAUAAACGGAUUCAUCUGCUGAGUGCUGAAGGGGAGUUCUUGAAGUUCUUACUGACAGAGAAUGAAGUGAACCAACCAUUCUCACUGUCCUUACACAAGUCUACACUCUGGGUGGGAUACCAUACAGGACUUGUCAAGGUGUUUCAAUACAAAGUGUAA